AUGAAAAUCCAUAAUGUCUUCUACAUGGGACUACUGUCAAAAGUCCUCAAAUCCCCAAGCCAACUAUUUCCAUCCAGACCUCCCCCUGAGACAAUAGAAGGGGAAGAGAAAUAUGAGGUAGAACAAAUCCUGGACUCAAAACAAAAGAAAGGAAAAUGGCUUUACCUUAUAAAAUGGAAAGGAUACAGACCAGAAGACAACUCAUGGGAACCAAAAAACCUUAUGGAACAUGCAAAGGAGGAAAAAAAGUGCUUCAACCAGGCAAGGCUCAAAAAGGCUCAUGAAUCUGCCAAGAGCCUUUGA